AUGACAGUUGAACAUCUUGCAACGGAGCUUGUGCUUCAAAUAUUUCGAUCUUGCAAUUCUGUCUCAGAUGUCUUCAACUUAUCAGCAAGCUCCCGUCGACUCAACCGCAUCUUCAAAUCGUCAAACAAGCAACAAAUCAUAGCCAAUGUGGCCGAGACCCAAUUUGGCCCCCUCAAUGAUAUCAUCCAAGUGGUAACGCAAAACGACAGCCAGCCAGCCCAUCAAAUCCGGCAUGCACCCAUGUCGGAUGCUCUCCUAAAACAAGUCAUCCAGAUAGGCCUGGUGGCCCAGAAAUGGGAGACCGUCUUUCCAUUCAAAAAGUGGAAAGCGGACUAUGAGAACCGCCGCUCUCUCACCUGUCAAGAGCGAUUGCGCGUGCGCCGUGCGGUGUAUCGACUAUGGUUAUACCACAACGCAUUCCAUUCUCGUGCCUAUGACCGACAUUCUCGCAAUAUCCGCCAAGUAGUCCUAGAACGGGCUCAGCUUCUCCACAAUUGGUCAACGCAAGAGCUGGCCGAGAUUGAAGACCUUCGUCUUGUCAUGAGUGACGUCGUGCAGAACCAUAUCUGUCCCAGCAACGGGACUAUUCAACGCAAGUUCCGCAAGCGCUAUCCUGAAAGUAAUCAUCAGCUCUCGUUCAACAUCCAUCUGAAUUAUCCUCCUCCAUCAAAUCCGUUCUCGUUGGAGACUCAGUUGUCGUUUGGAAAAUCUCCGGGUUCUUCACUGCAGCAAUAUUUCCAUGUUGCCCACCCGAGCAAUUUCACUGAUUCCCCAGCCAAAUAUCGGUCCCGGUUUCGCAAUGAUCUAUCUCACGACCCGGGCUCUGAGGGCUGGGGAGAUGAGAUCCCCCACUACUACAUCAUCCAGGAUAUGAUGAAGCUUGAUCCUGGGCAGAUCUUAUGGUUGCGUGAUCAUGCUCUCUUGAAAGAGCAGGUGGAGGAGUAUGUAUGCUCCCUGGGAGAUUGGUUCCGCGAUAACGGUGAGACAUUUGGUGAUACGUUGGAAUAUGUGAUGAAUGAGCGCGGUCUGGAUGUCGGAGAGUUACGGUCAGCCGUUGUUGAUCGCGACAUGGGCAUAGUGCUUGAUUAG